GCUGCUCCUGUUUCCGAGCUGGUUGUCCACUCUCCGCCUCUCCCCGAGAACAUGAUGCCAAACUGCAAGAAUUCAACGCGACUCACUGACUUCUUCAACAGAAAUAGCAGCUGAGCGGGAUUCUGGAUUUAAAUCUGCAGGAAAGGCCUGGGUACGUGCUGUGGUGGAAAAUUGGCUCCGGUAGCAGACUUUCCAUGACUGUUAUACUGAUUGGUUAGUGAUCUGUAGUGGAAAUUAAAAAGAAAGAAAUUUUCCUCUGGUGACUCAGCACGUCGGUACAGGAUGUGAUCUGUCAGCAAAAACAGUCCAUUCAUAGAGGCACAUAAUGGGUAUUUGUAAUGGAGAGGAAAACAUUUUAAUCAACUGUGGUAAAAAGAAGAAACAUACAUUCACACGGUUCUACGAGGAAAAUGACAUGAGCCGAGUCCAGUGCACAUAUGGCGUGUAUGACUAGAACCCCUGACCCUUUCAAAGAAAGGAUCUAGUUCGUAUCCCCUUUAAGAAGACGAUCUCUGUGAGUCUGUACAAAGUUCCUCUUGGUGAUACUCUCUGAUCUGACAAAACAUUUCAGUUGUUUCUACCAGCCUGUAAGGCUUUCCUAAAUUGACAAUAGGCAAAUUAGAGACAAUAAACAACAUGAGUAAGUGAUUAAAAUUGUUGGACAAAUUCUUAAAUUACAUUAUUUGCACUUUUUUCAUAGAAUGUCAGAAAAAAACAAGCACACUAAAACCUCAAUAGUGAAUUCAACUAAUACUCAAAAGCGGAUAUAGUAAAUAUAGUGCUUUGUGAAAAUGUACAGCUUAAACCUUCUGAUAACAUUUCAACCUCAAACAUAAAAUCAUAGAUUUUAUGAUAGAAUGACAAAAGUAGUGUGUAAUUGCAAAGUUGGGAAAAAAGGUUUUAAAAGUUUGAUCAAUAGAAAUUUAAAGUUUCAUGUGCAUUUAAAUUUUCAGUACUUUGUAAAAACCACCUUUUGCUAUAAUUGCAUCUUAAUCUUUCUCUGUUUACCCAAACAUUUUGCACAUCUAACAAUUUGAUAUGUUGCCCAUAUGUUCUUCUUUAAAAAAAAAAAAAAAAAGUCAAGCUCUCCUAACGGUCUGUAAAUAGCAAAUUCCAAGUCUUUCCACAGAGUCACAGUUCUGUGCACAAAUAAUAGAUGUCCUGACAGUGGAUUCUCUCAUCUGAGCUCCUCUAGAGUUACCCUUGGCCUCCUGGCUGCUUCUCUGCAUUAUCACUUUGCUAUUCAGCCUGUUGGGAGCCUAACCAAUAUUCCAAUAAACCUCUCUACUUCUUAAGCUUUUUUUUAAAUACUAUUUUUCUCUAAUUUUGUCAAACAUGAAACCUCCAAAACCUUGACAAAACUAAGAAUAAAUUAUUGGCAAUUUUACUAAUACUGUGACUUCUGAAGAUGGUUGAAAUAGAUUUUAAAGUGACGGAGUUUACACAGAUAUACACACCAUGGUUCUCAGAUGUUAUUUGUAAAAAAGAAUUGAAAAUCAUUUUAUUUUCUCUACACACUGAUGCGCUGCUACAUACUGACUUAUCACUAUCACAUCAAUAAAAUAAAUAGAAAUUUGUGGAUAGUAAAUUAACAAGUUAAAAUGUGUGAGGGUGUAGGAAUGUGGAUAUUUUUGCAACUCUUUUGCAAUUAUUUGGGGAGAAAAUAAUAAGCAAGUGUAUUUAGUUUUGCUUGGUUUAAGGAGUGCUACACCACGCCCUUCCAGUAGGUGUCAGUGCAGAUGCCCAGUAGAACGUAAAUAACAGAAAAGCUACAUAAUCUGCUGCUCCAGCUACACUUCCCAUAGCAAACAGCUUGGACGCAAAACGGUAAAAGAAAUGAUUGUACGUAUUUCAGCGAGGCUAUUUUCAUAGAUUAAAAUAUUAAAGUGGGUAGCAGCUAUUCUGGUACAGAAUUGUUGCUGUUCUAUCCUGAAACCGACCUCAUAUGCUAAUGCUAACAAGCUAGCUCCAGUAUGAACUCGCUGGUUGGUUAUGGAGUUUCCUCCAGCAGUGAUGAAGAGGAGGAAGACGUAAACAGCAGGAAAGCUGACUUUCUUCAAGAUGAUGCCGCUGUCAAAAAGAGCCGCAACUUCUUACUGGAGUCUGGCUCGGCAUCCAGUGAGUCGGACUCUGAGGAUCAUCAGCCCUCAUCAUCUCAUCCUCAAACGCUAGGCUCCUCAGCACCCUCCCGGCCCAUCCUGCCUCCACCCCACUUAGACUCCGUCACCCCUAAAAAGUUACCUCCACCUUCUCUAAACGCCUCGUCUGACAGCAGCGUGUUCACCAACCCAUUCAAAGCACAGGCCGACCAGAAGCUCAGUGCUUUACAGAAACACGUUCCGCUCACCAUGCAGGCAAGACCCUCCCAGAUAGGAGGCAAAAAGGUCUGUGUUUCCUACAGGAAGGACGGAAGGUGCAGGUUUGGCAUCAAAUGCAAGUUUGCUCACGACAGUGACCUCCAGACGGCGGUGAUUCCCAGCGACUCUCAUUCAUCUGUGAGUGAGGAGACACCAGAACCGGUGGGAGGAUCCCAGAGCUUUCGGCAGGAAUCAAAGGGAAAAGAGGCUGAGCAGCAGAUGAAGAAGAGGAAAGUUGGACUGAGUAACUCUUUGAUUCCCCCUAAAAGAGCACUGAAGCAAUAUACAAUGCAGAGAGACAGAGAGCGUAUUAAUAUGUCCUGAUGACGGGUUUAUCCACUGGGAGUAACUAGUUUUGUAAAUGUUUAUGUCUUAAAUUGGUAAUGGAGCCAGAGUUCUGGACUAGACAUCAAUACUGAUGUCCAUUUGUCGCUGUAUUAAUUUUUCUCCGUUACACACCGACCAAUUUGUCGUCCUUUCCUGUGAAUAUAGGCAUACACUGGUUACCAGUAUUGCUUGAAAACCAUGUAGAUUUCCAUUCUAACCGUUAGGUCUUUUAGAGAUAUGCAAGAAAAAACUGCAUGCAUCAAAAUUAAUAAAAAGGUUACAUAUUUUCCGUAAGGGUAUCUUAUAGCAACAAUAAUUUUAAUAAAACUUUCAGAUCAAAAUGUAUUUUAAAUCUUUGUAUGAAUCACCUGCAAGGACCUGUAGUAGCGAACAAGGUUUUAAGUCACGAGUUUGAUCUAACACAGUGCUGCCUCUUCCUUAUGUAAUGCUGUGCACUGUUGGUCAGCUGGCUGAAAUCAAACUUCCAACACUUCUCAGUUAAGAGAUAUUAAAAGCCUAAGAAACACAACUCUUACUACAGGAAUGCUGUCUGUUAAUCUGCAGGCUAGUAAAAUGAGAAGAUGGAUCUAACAAUUAGCUAAUUUAAUUCUUACAAUUGUUUAUAUAUGAGGAACAAAAUAAGCCUCUUCUGCUUCAUUCCAGCAUGUGUUUAUGCAUUUUUGCUUACAUUAAUGUAUCAGAAUUAACAUAAAUGUUGUCAAUGACUUUUGUAGCAGUAAAA